GAGAGUAUUAAAUAGAAUUUGAGGAAAGGUUUUUUUCUCUAUUUUCUCUUCUUUCAUUCGUUUCCUUUUGUUUGUUUGAUUAUUUUAAUCUUCUUUGUUUUGUUGUCGUAUUACAGAGGCUAUCCUUCGUCCACACUCCAGAUUAGUGGGUGGCGCUAUUGCACCCGAAAUCUGUUUUGCCAACCGCCAUUAAAAGCAACAGAAGAAGAAGAAGAAGAAGUCACGCCCAUCGGAGUACGCUGCUUUGACGCUGUGCUGAGCCUCACACCGACGAGUCUCACCCGGCGGUGGAACAAACACAACUAACUCUCAAAGUUUUCUUUUUUUGUCUCGUCGGACGCGUUUUCUCCGGCUCCAGAACGCUCUUCAGCCGUGAAGUUGUUGGAGUGCACGAGGAGUUUAAUAUCUUCAGUGACCCCCUCUCCUUCCUCCCAGCCCUUUGACUCGACUUCGUGAUGUCAUCUCAGGCCACGCCCAUCCAGGGAUCACGCCCCGUGACCCCUCCGCUCACCUCUGCAGGAUCCCCACGGUCUCCAGUGUCACCAGAGUCCCUGCGUCCUCUGGCCUGCAGACACAGAGACCGCUCCCCGUCCCCCAUGAGAGGCUACCUCAUCCCCAGCCCCCUGCCCACGCGCAGAAACAGGACCUGCUCGGCGACGGCUCGUGCGUCAGAGGGUCCAGCGUUUACUGGUGUGUGCAAAUGCUUCUCCCGCUCCAAGGGCCACGGCUUCAUCACGCCGUCCGACGGGGGCAGCGACAUCUUCGUCCACAUCUCGGACAUCGAGGGCGAGUACGUGCCGGUGGAAGGCGACGAGGUGAGCUACAAGAUCUGCUGCAUCCCUCCCAGGCAGGAGAAGGUCCAGGCGGUGGAGGUGACCAUAACCCACCUCAACCCGGGGACCAAGCACGAGACCUGGGCGGGACGCGUCGUCAGCGGCUGAGCGCUGUCCCUCGCGGUGGGGGGGGAGAGUCUGAGGGGGAGGGAGGUAUGGUUAUCAGAGUAGUAGAAUAUUAGAUAGUGGGAUUGGGGAGGAUUGAAAGUGAGGUCUGUUGGCGUGUAAAGGAGACAUGAUGUGCUGGGGUGACUAGUAAUCAGAGGGACAUAUUAAUCAUCUCUAUAUGUUGGAAUGUGGGGGGGGGCUUCCUCUGCUCGACCUGGAGAGUGAGUAACUGUCCUUUGGGAGGCCAAACAGCUGUCUGACUGCUAAACCAAUAGGUGUAUGAUUACGGUGGAACAGAUGUUUAUCAUAGGAACACAUUGUCUCAUUAGGUUUCCCGCUUAGAUGUGUAGACCCCCCCCACCACCUUGUGUUGAUGCAUUGUUGUUACUUCGUUUGAUCGGGAAGAUUCAUUCCUGCUACCUGAAGAACUUCUUCUUCUGUGAGCAGGUGCGCUGAAAGAGCCGCCGGCUCGUUUGUUCUCCAGGUGUACCUACUCUACCCAGAGAACUCACAGCUGUUUGUGCCGCCUCAUCCGACCUCUCAUCUGUGUAUCGUCAUGUGUGGGUGGCUAUACGAGUGAAUUAAAGCUUUUUCAACCAGUA